UUGUGAUAAAAUUGCGAUGGCCUCAAAUGAAAAAAUAGGAACUGUCGUCGUAGAAACUUGCUUCCCACGCAAUAAUUUCCUUCGGCCGAACGGAAUCCCAGUAUCCAUAUAAAAAUUAAAAAUCAGUUCCAGUCCAACUAUUACAAAAUUCACGAUCCCAUUCCCCAAUUUAAUCAAAUUUUACCCAGCAAUGGAUUUUGAUUCAUCCUUAAAACAAUACGUUUCAGACAAAUUAAUUUCGGUUUUUGGGUAUUCUCACCCAACAGCAGUACUCUACGUGAUCGCAUUGUGCAAGCAAGCCGCAACUCCGGCCGACAUCAUCCGUAAGCUUCUCGAAUUGGGUACGUCUUCUUCAAAUUUAAUUCAUGAUUUUGCAUUUGAACUGUUUGAUAAAUUGCCUCAUAGAAACCCUACUUUAAAUUUGCCUAGACCUGAGCAGAAUGAGACAGAGUUGGUUAAUCAAGCCAAACCCCGUAGGAAUUAUCGGCUAAUCAAGGCUGAAUCUGACAAUGAUGACGAUGAUGAUGAUGAUGCGAAGAGUCGGGUUAAAGAACCGAUAUUUACAAAGAGGAAAGUUGAUGAUAAUUGUGAUGAUGUUGAUGCUUUGAGAGUGAGAUCAAGGCAGGGGUAUUUAAAGAAACGGGUGAAAACGAAAUUGGAGGAGAUUCAAGAUGAGUUAGAUGAUGAAAUUGUUUGUUUUGAUGAUGUGAAGUUGAGUGAGAGAGAGACUUCGCUGAUUAAACGGAAAAAAGAGGUGCGUGAGAUUGUGAACAAAGGGGGUUAUUAUGAUGGGGUUGAUUGUGAGGAUCGGUAUAGGAUUCCGGAGGUUUAUGAUGAUCAACGAGGGCGUGUUGAUCAGAAGAAGAGGUUUUCUGUUGCUUCACAGCGUGAGACGGAUGGGUUUGAAAAGCAGGAGUCGUGGGAGGUGUAUCAGAGCCGUAAGGGGAUGAUGAGGUUUGGUUCGAAAGAUAGGAAGAGGGAAUGUGAUGAAUAUCAGCUUUUGUUUGAUCGAAUUUAUACUCUUGAGGACCAAUUGCCUGAUCAAUCAGUAGCUGAUAUGGAGAUUGAAGUUGAUGUAUCAAAUGAUUUUGAAGAGAAUAGGAAGGCAUUGCCUAUUUUUCAGCAUAAGGAAGAACUUUUGAAAUUAAUUCGAGAGAAUCAGGUUCUGGUAAUUGUAGGAGAGACUGGGUCUGGGAAAACUACCCAGAUACCUCAGUAUCUUCAUGAGGCAGGAUACACAAAGAAUGGUCGAAUUGGCUGUACACAGCCACGGAGGGUUGCUGCAAUGAGUGUGGCUUCUAGGGUAUCUAGUGAAAUGGGAGUGAAACUUGGGCAUGAGGUUGGGUAUAGCAUUAGAUUUGAGGAUUGCACAUCGGAGAAGACUGUUUUAAAAUAUAUGACAGAUGGCAUGCUGUUGCGAGAGUUUAUGGUGGAACCAGACCUGAAAAGUUAUAGUGUGAUUAUGGUAGAUGAGGCACAUGAGAGAACAAUUUCCACUGACGUUAUUUUUGGUUUAGUGAAAGACUUGGCAAGAUUUCGAAGUGACCUCAAGUUGCUAAUCACUAGUGCAACUCUUGAGGCAGGAAAGUUCUCUAAAUAUUUCGAUGAUGCUUUUAUUUUUAGAAUUCCAGGAAGGCAGCAUCCUGUUGAUAUAUUGUACAAGCAACCGGUAAAGACAUACUUGGAGGAAGCUAUUGCUGCUGUUUUUCAUGUACAUGUGUCUCAACCACGAGGUGAUAUUUUGGUGUUCCUCACUGGACAGGAAGAUAUUGAAAGCGCAGAGGAUACUUUGAAACAAAUGGUGAGACAUUAUGGAAGUAAAAUUGCUGAGCUCGUGAUAUGUCCAAUAUUUGCUAACCUUCCCACUGAGCUGCAGGCUAAGAUUUUCAAUCCUACUCCCAAAGGGGCACGCAAGGUUGUCUUGGCAACCAACAUUGCUGAAACUUCUCUAACAAUCAACGGAAUAAGAUAACAGAAGUUUCCAAAGCAUCUGCUGCACAGCGAGCAGGUCGUGCUGGACGAACAGGGCCAGGAAAGUGCAUUCGGUUAUAUACUGCCGAUCACUACAAACAGCUCAAUGAUAAUUCUGUUCCA